AUGAAGGGGACCCCCAGCUCCCUGGAAACCCUGCUGUGGGUCUGCCACUUCCACAGCUCCACGGAGGUAGCCCUCCAGCCCCCGCUUCUAUCUUCCCUGGAACUUGUGGCCGUAGCCCAUGAAUAUCUGGAGCAGCGGUUCAGAGAGCCGAAGUCCCUGGAGCCCGAGCCAGAGAAGCCGCCCGCCCCGAAGCCCACCCUGGGGCUGGUGCUAAGAGAAGCCGCAGCCAGCGUAGUGAACUUCGGGGCCACCUUGUUAGAGAUCUCAGCCCCAUGCGUGCAGCAGGAGGUGCGGCGACUAUACGCCGGGGAUCCGGGUGGAGCCCGGGCCCGGGUAGCCCAGGCCGCGGGGCAGGGGGCUCGGCAAGCGGGGUCUGCGGCAGGCGCGAGCGCCCGGCUUCUGCUCCAGGGGGCGCGGCUAUGCUUGUGUGGACGAGGUCUGCAGGGAUCCGCCUCAUUCCUGCAACAGUGGCGACGCCAGCUGGGCCUCGGCACCCCCGGGGAACCGGUGAGUUCAAGAUGA